CGGGGUUUAUAGAGAAAAUGAAAUAAAACCAGUUUAUUAGUUUCAGUAGGGAGUGUGGUGUAGUGCAGCCGAGAAUCGGGAGCGUGUUCGAUCGGGUUAAAAGUUCUCCAGGUUCGAGCAUAACCCAUAGGAGGAUGUUAAGGCUAACAGCUGCAGUGCUCUUGCUGAGCCUGGUGUCUGGUUUGAAGUGUCCUGAUCAGCAGCGCUGUGGGGACCAGCAGACGUGUUGCCAGAUUCCUUCUGGAGAAUUCAACUGCUGUCCGUUCCAUCAGGGCGAGUGCUGUGAGGACCACUUACACUGCUGCCCCGACGGCAUGUUGUGUGAGGUUAAAGAAUCCAGGUGCACAAACGCUACACACUCGCUUCCAUGGGCCGAGAGAUUUCCUUCCGAAGACACUGACCUCGCCAAUGUGGAGCGUUGGUCAGUUUCUGAUGUUACCUGUGAUGAAACCAAGACUUGUCCUGAUGGAAACACGUGCUGUAAGAACGAAGAGGGAGGAUGGGCCUGCUGCCCUCUGCCUCAGGCGGUGUGUUGUGAGGACUUGAUCCACUGCUGUCCUCAUGAUACAAAGUGUAACGUCGCUGCUGAGUCAUGUGACAACUCGUCAAUGUCGGUGCCCUGGCUGAAGAAGGAGCCGAGUAAACCAAUCGGUGGACAGAAGGUUCCAAGCACCAAGGAUACGUCAGUUUCUGAUAUUCCCUGUGACGACACCAAGACUUGUCCUGAUGACAACACAUGCUGUAAGACAGAAGAGGGAGGAUAUGACUGCUGCCCUCUGCCUCAGGCGGUGUGUUGUGAGGACUUUAUCCACUGCUGUCCUCAUGGUACAAAGUGUAACCUUGCAGCUCAGAAAUGUGACAACUCGUCAAUGUCGGUGCCCUUGCUGGAGAAGGAGCCGAGUAAACCGAUCGGUGGACAGAAGGUUCCAGAAGACAAGAGAACAUCAGUUUCUGAUGUUCCCUGUGACGACACCGUGGCUUGUCCUGAUGACAACACAUGCUGUAAGAACCAACAGGGAGUAUGGGCCUGCUGCCCUCUGCCUCAGGCGGUGUGUUGUGCGGACUUGAUCCACUGCUGUCCUCAUGGUACAAAGUGUAGCGACGCCGGUGAUUCAUGUGACAACUCGUCAAUGUCGGUGCCCUGGCUGAAGAAGGAGCCGAGUAAACCAAUCGGUGGACAGAAGGUUCCAAGCACCAAGGAUACGUCAGUUUCUGAUAUUCCCUGUGACGACACCAAGACUUGUCCUGAUGACAACACAUGCUGUAAGACAGAAGAGGGAGGAUAUGACUGCUGCCCUCUGCCUCAGGCGGUGUGUUGUGAGGACUUUAUCCACUGCUGUCCUCAUGGUACAAAGUGUAACCUUGCAGCUCAGAAAUGUGACAACUCGUCAAUGUCGGUGCCCUUGCUGGAGAAGGAGCCGAGUAAACCGAUCGGUGGACAGAAGGUUCCAGAAGACAAGAGAACAUCAGUUUCUGAUGUUCCCUGUGACGACACCGUGGCUUGUCCUGAUGACAACACAUGCUGUAAGAACCAACAGGGAGUAUGGGCCUGCUGCCCUCUGCCUCAGGCGGUGUGUUGUGCGGACUUGAUCCACUGCUGUCCUCAUGGUACAAAGUGUAGCGACGCCGGUGAUUCAUGUGACAACUCGUCAAUGUCGGUGCCCUGGCUGAAGAAGGAGCCGAGUAAACCGAUCGGUGGACAGAAGGUUCCAGAAGACAAGAGUACAUCAGUUUCUGAUGUUCCCUGUGACGACACCGUGGCUUGUCCUGAUGACAACACAUGCUGUAAGAACCAACAGGGAGUAUGGGCCUGCUGCCCUCUGCCUCAGGCGGUGUGUUGUGCGGACUUGAUCCACUGCUGUCCUCAUGGUACAAAGUGUAGCGACGCCGGUGAUUCAUGUGACAACUCGUCAAUGUCGGUGCCCUGGCUGAAGAAGGAGCCGAGUAAACCAAUCGGUGGACAGAAGGUUCCAAACACCAAGGAUACGUCAGUUUCUGAUAUUCCCUGUGAUGACACCAAGACUUGUCCUGAUGACAACACAUGCUGUAAGACAGAAGAGGGAGGAUAUGACUGCUGCCCUCUGCCUCAGGCGGUGUGUUGUGAGGACUUUAUCCACUGCUGUCCUCAUGGUACAAAGUGUAACCUUGCAGCUCAGAAAUGUGACAACUCGUCAAUGUCGGUGCCCUUGCUGGAGAAGGAGCCGAGUAAACCGAUCGGUGGACAGAAGGUUCCAGAAGACAAGAGUACAUCAGUUUCUGAUGUUCCCUGUGACGACACCGUGGCUUGUCCUGAUGACAACACAUGCUGUAAGAACCAACAGGGAGUAUGGGCCUGCUGCCCUCUGCCUCAGGCGGUGUGUUGUGCGGACUUGAUCCACUGCUGUCCUCAUGGUACAAAGUGUAGCGACGCCGGUGAUUCAUGUGACAACUCGUCAAUGUCGGUGCCCUGGCUGAAGAAGGAGCCGAGUAAACCAAUCGGUGGACAGAAGGUUCCAAACACCAAGGAUACGUCAGUUUCUGAUAUUCCCUGUGACGACACCAAGACUUGUCCUGAUGACAACACAUGCUGUAAGACAGAAGAGGGAGGAUAUGACUGCUGCCCUCUGCCUCAGGCGGUGUGUUGUGAGGACUUUAUCCACUGCUGUCCUCAUGGUACAAAGUGUAACCUUGCAGCUCAGAAAUGUGACAACUCGUCAAUGUCGGUGCCCUUGCUGGAGAAGGAGCCGAGUAAACCGAUCGGUGGACAGAAGGUUCCAGAAGACAAGAGUACAUCAGUUUCUGAUGUUCCCUGUGACGACACCGUGGCUUGUCCUGAUGACAACACAUGCUGUAAGAACCAACAGGGAGUAUGGGCCUGCUGCCCUCUGCCUCAGGCGGUGUGUUGUGCGGACUUGAUCCACUGCUGUCCUCAUGGUACAAAGUGUAGCGACGCCGGUGAUUCAUGUGACAACUCGUCAAUGUCGGUGCCCUGGCUGAAGAAGGAGCCGAGUAAACCAAUCGGUGGACAGAAGGUUCCAAACACCAAGGAUACGUCAGUUUCUGAUAUUCCCUGUGACGACACCAAGACUUGUCCUGAUGACAACACAUGCUGUAAGACAGAAGAGGGAGGAUAUGACUGCUGCCCUCUGCCUCAGGCGGUGUGUUGUGAGGACUUUAUCCACUGCUGUCCUCAUGGUACAAAGUGUAACCUUGCAGCUCAGAAAUGUGACAACUCGUCAAUGUCGGUGCCCUUGCUGAAGAAGGAGCCGAGUAAACCGAUCGGUGGACAGAAGGUUCCAGAAGACAAGAGUACAUCAGUUUCUGAUGUUCCCUGUGACGACACCGUGGCUUGUCCUGAUGACAACACAUGCUGUAAGAACCAACAGGGAGUAUGGGCCUGCUGCCCUCUGCCUCAGGCGGUGUGUUGUGCGGACUUGAUCCACUGCUGUCCUCAUGGUACAAAGUGUAGCGACGCCGGUGAUUCAUGUGACAACUCGUCAAUGUCGGUGCCCUGGCUGAAGAAGGAGCCGAGUAAACCAAUCGGUGGACAGAAGGUUCCAAGCACCAAGGAUACGUCAGUUUCUGAUAUUCCCUGUGACGACACCAAGACUUGUCCUGAUGACAACACAUGCUGUAAGACAGAAGAGGGAGGAUAUGACUGCUGCCCUCUGCCUCAGGCGGUGUGUUGUGAGGACUUUAUCCACUGCUGUCCUCAUGGUACAAAGUGUAACCUUGCAGCUCAGAAAUGUGACAACUCGUCAAUGUCGGUGCCCUUGCUGGAGAAGGAGCCGAGUAAACCGAUCGGUGGACAGAAGGUUCCAGAAGACAAGAGUGCAUCAGUUUCUGAUGUUCCCUGUGACGACACCGCGGCUUGUCUUGAAGGAAGCACAUGCUGUAAGAACGAACAGGGAGGAUGGGUCUGCUGCCCUCUGCCUCAGGCAGUGUGUUGUGAGGACUUGAUCCACUGCUGUCCUCAUGACACAAAGUGUAACCUCGCCAUUCGGACAUGUGACAGCUCGUCAGGCUCAGUGCCCUGGCUGAAGAAGGAGCAGAGUAAACCAAUCGGUGGACAGAAGGUUCCAAACACCAAGGAUACGUCAGUUUCUGAUAUUCCCUGUGACGACACCAAGACUUGUCCUGAUGACAGCACAUGCUGUAAGACAGAAGAGGGAGAAUGGGCCUGCUGCCCUCUGCCUCAGGCGGUGUGUUGUGAGGACUUUAUCCACUGCUGUCCUCAUGGUACAAAGUGUAACCUUGCAGCUCAGAAAUGUGACAACUCGUCAGGCUCGGUGCCCUGGCUGAAGAAGGAGCCGAGUAAACCGAUCGGUGAUCAGAAGGUUCCAGAAACCGAGGGAUCAGUGCCCUGGCUGAAGAAGAAGCCAAGCCGGCCGACUGCAAGCACAGCUCGAAAUACAUCGGUAAACGAAGUGACGUGCGACCCUCACGUGUCCUGUCCUCCACACACCACCUGCUGUUUUAUGAAGAUGAGCAAGAAAUGGGGCUGCUGUCCUCUGGACCAGGCUACAUGUUGUGAUGACGGUGAGAACUGCUGUCCGAAAGGUUACACCUGCCGUAACCAGUGGUGUGAGAAAAGCUCCAGGACAAAGUACGACUCUGUGCCUUUAUCGUCUCAGAUCCAAAAUGAUAUUGACUGUGGAGGAGGAUUCAGCUGCAAGGACACAGAAACCUGCUGCAAGAUUUCAGAGAGUUCCUGGGGCUGUUGUCCAUUCACGGAGGCUGUGUGUUGUAGUGACAUGGAGCAUUGCUGUCCCACUGGAUACACCUGUGAGACCGGCUCCUGCGUCCAAGCGACGGGCUUCAAAUGGGAGAUGUUCUUCUCCAAGAAGAAACGAGCUGGCACUCUAUAAAAACACAGAGAGUUCGUCCUAUCGAGCAACGUCAAACUCCGAACCUAAAUAAAGUUCAAACGUGUCACACUAAUCUGGUUUUAUACAUUUUGGUGUUAAUUAAAAAUUUAUUUCAACUGCACUAAUUAAUUCAGUGUCCAAACCAUAGCUGAAGCUAUGCGUGUGGUCUAUUCGGUCUUCAUCUCAGCCAUCAAAGACAAACAGUUUAAAAUGUAGUAGAUGUUUAUUAACAUCUACAGCACGCUACGUCACCGCACUGAGGUCAGAUCCAUGACGGAACAGCGUUGUUUAGAAAUCACUUUUCUGUGUUAUGAAGGAUUUACAUUUGUCUAUUUUGUUGCCUAAGGUUAUAAUGUGAUAACUGAUCUUAAUAGAAAUGAAAUUCACCCUCAGUAACAAACUACUUCUGUGAUUCUUUGGUUUUAAGAGCUGUCUUUCUUCAUUCUUUCACCAUCUCCUAUUUCUUUUCAGAGAUAUUACAAUACAGAGUUUGAUCAUCAA